AUGCUCUUCGACAAGAUGCUAGGAGGGCUCACCCUCCUCAAGCUCCAGCAGAGUAUAACGGAGUUUGGAACUCUGAAUGUGCUGUUGGCGAUAUUAGCCGUCGCCGCCACGGCGCUGGUCCUAGACUAUGGCCACAUGUUGUAUAUGAGGUCCAAGAUGCCUCCCGGGCCGUUCCCGCUUCCCAUUAUUGGCAAUACCUGGUCGCUGCCGGACCAUAAGCCGUGGAUCUGGUUCGAAGAAGUAGCCAAGCAGUACAAUGCGCCUCUCAUCACCAUUUGGAUUGGUCGAAACCCGACGGUCUGGAUCUGUGAUGCUUGGUGUGCUCAUGAAGUCUUUGAGAAGCGCGCUCAGAUCUACUCUUCCCGGCCCCGGAUGGUGGUCUUUGGCGAGCUUGGAAGUGGCCAGUCUAACUUGGUGACCAUGCGCACUCGCAACGCCGAGGAGCGUGACCACUGGCGUGUGCACCGGAAGCUGAUGCACCUGGGUGUCGGAGUCCAAGCUGUCCGCAAAUAUCGCGAGGUUCAGGAUAACGAGAGCAAGGUUGUCGCCCUCGACUUCUUGCGCGAUCCAGCCGCCUACGUCAAGCAUCUCGAACGCUACGCAACCAGUGUUGUAUCCAUCCUUGCAUUUGGUCGACGCGUCUCGAGCUACAACGACCCUAUCAUCACUGAGGUCAUCGCCCUGAUGCAGCUUGCUGCUGAACUCAACGUUCCGGGCAAGACCUUUCCUAUGCUUAUGGAGACAUUCCCGAUCCUUGCCAAGUUCCCUCGUUGGAUGCCUUGGAUGAAGGGUCUCGGCAACCGUGGUCAGAAGGGCGGCCACUACUUCUUCUACACCCUCGCCCAGGAGGCCCUCGAGCAACAGGCUGAAAAGACCGCUGAUGAGCGCAUCUCUAUCCCUACUCCCUACGCAAAGACCUUGUUCAUAGAGAAUGGAAAGUACAACCUCCCGACCGAGGAGCUUUCCAGCUUGACCGGCAACCUCUUUGGCGCAGGCUCCGACACGAGCUCCAGCACUCUCGUCACAUUUGUCCUUGCAUGCUGUGCCUUCCCUGAAGCCAUGAAGAAGGCUCAGGCUGAGCUCGACAGGGUCAUCGGGUCCAGCCGCUCGCCUCACUGGGACGACUCUCCCAACCUGCCAUACAUCAACGCAUUUGUCAAAGAGGUCUUCCGCUGGCGAUCUGUCGCCAUCAUUGGCGGGCAGCCUCACUCCCCGACCCAAGACGAUCACUACAAGGGCUGGCUCAUCCCCGCCAACUCCUGGGUGCAGGGCAAUGUCUGGGCCAUCCACCACAACGACCGAGACUUCCCGGAGCCUGACCGGUUCGAGCCGGAGCGGUUCAUUGACGGGAGCGACUGGAAGCGGCCGUUCCCUGGCGACAGGGGGUACAUGACCUUUGGUUGGGGACGGCGUGUGUGCAGCGGCCAGGCCCUCGCUGAGCAGGGCAUUUGGAUCACCGUCGCUCGGUUACUGUGGGCCUACUCGAUCACCCCCGCAAAGGAUGCCAACGGCAAGGAGAUUCCCGUAGACAUCUUUGCAUUCACCAACGGCCUGAACAUGCGGCCUCAGCCGUUCCGAUGUGACAUCAAGCCCCGCUCACAAGAGCUGAAGGAGACGCUUGAGCGUGAGGGCAACCAGGCGCUGCUAGAUCUCAAGCCUCUGGACGGUGAGAGCAAGUACAGGAUGAGCACGUUCUACCAAGAGCAAAGACGGAAGAAUCUUACAGAGCCUGUGCUUGAUGAGAAUGGAGAAGUGAAGAUGGUUAAGAUCAACUAA